AUGGGCAACCAAGCUUCCAAAGAUGCCAGCGCGGCAUCUACCAAGGCUGCGGGUAGCGGGGACGAGGCGCUGCAGUCAUACCCCUCCUUCAGCAGGUCCGACACGAGAGAAUCCUCUCGCUCGUUCCGCUCCCUGCGCAGCAAGAUCCCGGGUUCGGGUAAGACAGACAGUCCUAGGAGCUCUGCAAUUCUGGCAAAUGGCGAUGCGGCCGAGACGGCUUCCGUCAAGUCCGGGAAGAGCGGCAGGUCGCCACAGAGCCGGGCCAACCGUACCGACUCGGUUCCCUCGGUAGCCUCACCUUCGUCGCCAGACACUGGCGUCAUGGGCUCUCCUCUUGCCGAGGACCUACCUCCGCCGUCCCCCAUCCAGUCGGCGUCUAUGAAGGCAGGUGUCCAUGACGUCUCUGCCGCUCAAGCCAGCGGAGAAGUAGACCAUGUUUCGGACCAACCCCCCUCCGGCGUCAAUAACACCAACGUACCGCAGCAGCCAGGACAGAGCAUCCUCGUAAAGCGCGAGGAUACUACUUAUUCAGUUACGGAGAUCCCCGUGCAGGAGCCUCCCAGGGACGAAACAGGCUCCGGCAUCGCAAUGAGCGACAUCAAGGACAUCGACUUAGAUGACUUCAUCAAGCGGCUCUUGGACGCCGCCUACGCCGGCAAAGUCACCAAGAGCGUCUGCCUCAAGAAUGCGGAGAUCACGGCCAUCUGUCAUCGCGCCAGGGAGGUAUUCCUCUCCCAGCCGUCGCUUCUCGAGCUCGACGCUCCUGUCAAGAUUGUCGGAGAUGUGCAUGGCCAAUACACGGACCUCAUCCGCAUGUUUGAGAUGUGCGGGUUCCCCCCAAAGUCGAACUUCCUGUUCCUUGGUGACUACGUCGACCGUGGUAAGCAGUCUCUCGAGACGAUUUUGCUGCUGCUGUGCUACAAGUUGAAGUAUCCCGAGAACUUCUUCCUGCUGCGGGGGAAUCACGAGUGCGCCAACGUCACGCGCGUCUACGGUUUCUACGAUGAAUGCAAGCGCAGGUGCAACGUGAAGAUUUGGAAGACCUUCAUCGAUACCUUCAACACCCUCCCAAUUGCCGCCAUUGUCGCCGCCAAGAUCUUCUGCGUCCACGGGGGCUUGUCGCCCGCCCUCAGCCACAUGGACGACAUCCGGAACAUUGCGCGCCCGACAGAUGUCCCCGACUACGGGCUGUUGAACGACCUGCUCUGGUCCGACCCUGCUGACAUGGAACAGGACUGGGAGGCCAACGAGAGAGGCGUCAGCUACUGCUUCGGCAAAAAGGUCAUCACCGACUUCCUGGCAGCUAACGACUUUGAUCUGGUCUGCCGGGCCCAUAUGGUGGUUGAGGACGGCUACGAGUUCUUUACCGAUCGAGUAUUGGUCACUGUUUUCAGUGCGCCUAACUAUUGUGGCGAGUUUGAUAACUGGGGAGCCGUCAUGUCGGUAUCCACCGAGCUCCUCUGCAGUUUCGAGCUGCUCAAGCCGCUGGAUUCCAAUGCCCUGAAGAACCAUAUCAAGAAGGGCAGGAAUAAGCGGAACCAGAUGCUUAACAGUCCACCUGCAAAUGUCUACCCCCAGAGCGUCUGA